UGUGGUAUCGGAAUUUUCUCGUAUCGCAAGUCGUUCUGACCGUGGAAUCGAAGCGCGUUCAUAGUACCUUCAGCCGCCGGAGAGGCCAUUGUGCUUCAAUUUGUGCGGUAUUAUCAGAAGAGUCAAGUUCAGUGUGACCCGGGACGAUGGAAGAGAGGCUGAAGAGGCGGAGAAAUAGUAGAACGUGGCGCGGCGGUAUCGCUCAUGCCAUGGUUGGCAAACUGACCUCGCGCUCAUUCUCCCGGAUUCCGUCAGUCUUGCUUUAUCUAGCCUCUUUCGUACUCGCAGAUUGUCCGACCCAUCUUCCAGCAACGUUGGUCAGCGCUACCAUCAAACCAUUUUCAGAGAGAAGGAAAAAGGAAAGAAAACAAACGAGACUGCAAGUUCUGUACGUUGAUGAAAGAGGCUGGGGAUGUAAUGAAGGUCUUGAAGAUGACGUCGGCAACUCGGCACUCGGAUCAGCUACUGUCGCACCUUGCCCGAUCGAAACGAGCUCGGAAAGACAAUCUGUCAUCGUUUCUCUGGACUGAUUCGCCGGUGUCUACCUACGACAUUUUUACAAGAGAAUUGUCGACGACAAAUACCGCUGAAGCUAUCUACAUGCGAUGACGAACCCCACUACGAUUCGGCACGAUCGGAAA